GAUUAUCAAAAUCAUCCCACCUCGACUGUCGACUCUUGAUCUACUCGACUCUUUGUCCAUCACCCAUUGCAUGAGGGCAAACUCCUUAUGCAAUGUCUUUACUUCUCCCCCGUCUUCGGAGGGCAGCGCCCAGGCUGUCUCGCUAUUUCUUCAUAAGUCACCAAUGCACCAAGCAAGCGAGUCCAUUGGGGCGAUUGAGGCUGCCCAUUACAUCGAAGAUCUCGAGAACAAUUCGAUUCAACAGCAGCUCUGCCGCUUUUCCCGAGUGGAAAGAGGGUGCUUCUCGAAGAAUAUCGCCUCUGAAAGCUCUGAGCCAGUCCAUUUUGAGUGACUCAAAAUCACAAGCCAAAAAGCAAUUCUUCCCAGCUGUCACCGCAAAGCCUGUGGCAUACUGGCUGUUGGCGAGCGCAGCUAGUGUUUUUGGAAUUGUGGUUUUUGGAGGACUUACUCGAUUAACAGAGUCGGGGUAUGUUCAAUGCUGGGAAAAAGUUAUGUCGUUGCUAACAACUACAAUAGUCUCAGUAUCACAGAAUGGAAACCAGUAACAGGUUCUCUACCGCCCCUCUCUCCAGCAGACUGGGAUUCCGAGUUUGAGAAAUACCGCGCUUCCCCCGAAUUCAAACUCCUUAAUCCACACAUGACUCUCGAAGAGUUCAAAAAGAUAUACUUCAUGGAAUGGGGCCAUCGACUCUGGGGGCGAUUUGUAGGGCUCUCGUUCGUUAUACCAGCAAUUUACUUUGUUGCAAGACGAAAGGUUUCUGCCAACAUGUCUAUUCGUCUCCUCGGUAUCUCGGGUUUGAUUGGUGUCCAAGGUGCAUUAGGGUGGUGGAUGGUAAAAUCCGGCUUAAAGGACGACCUGUUUGCGCCCGGCUCACACCCAAGAGUGAGUCAAUAUAGACUUACCGCACAUCUUGGAACUGCCUUCAUAUGCUAUACUGCAAUGCUUUGGAACGGCCUGGCAAUCCUACGAACCAGAUCUCUUCUCACAAAUGCAGAACGAGCUCACGCUCAGUUACUAAACCUCUCAUCAGGUACACUGUCUAUAUUCCGGAAAUCCGUCGCGGGCCUUGCACUUCUCAUCUUCGUUACUGCCAUGUCGGGUGGGUUGGUAGCUGGUCUUGAUGCCGGAAUGAUAUACAACGAAUUUCCACGCAUGGGCGUAGGUCUCACCCCACCAAAAGCAGAACUUUUUGACAAGUUCUACUCAAGAAAGGAAGAUGGCAGUGAUAUAUGGUGGCGAAACAUGUUAGAGAACCCGUCUCUCGUACAGCUUGAUCACAGAAUCUUAGCUACGACAACUUUCACAGCCAUCCUAUCACUAUGGGCAUACUCACGAUUCAACCCACGAGUCAGGGCGGCUCUACCCAUCAAUUGCCGAAAAGGAAUGUUGGGUGUUGUGCACCUAGUGUUUCUGCAAGCAGCACUUGGAAUCAGCACGUUGAUCUACCUCGUUCCUACACAUCUAGCAGCCACCCAUCAAGCAGGCAGUCUAGCCCUUUUGACUGGUGCUUUGGUUCUGGGUAGCAGAACAUGGAUACCUACCCGAACGUGGCGAUUAAUUCAGAACAACCUCAAAACUACUGCUUUGAAUACUCACACUUGCCGCGCUAUAGAACACGGUGCCAAACGUACCAAGCCUGUGGCUUUGAGGCCACAGCUCAAUUCUAUGAGCAAACGAGGACCUUCGCGAAAGGCAUGAAGCGAAGAGCAUGAACGGUAACGAUGAGUGUUUUGUAUAUAUUGUGUUUGAUUAGCGAUGUAACCAUGGGUGACGUUUUAUUAGAUUCCCCCAUACAAUUAGAGCAGGCACAGUCAUGAUAAGGACGAUUCUCUACUCUGUACACUAUCUGAAAGUUUCAUUUUUACUUUGUUCAUUCAUUUUUUAAAGAAUUGAAAUCAUCUACAGUAGCGCAAACAAUAUCUUGACUUAUUUGUGAGCUAGAACCAACUCGUUAGCCAGGAUCUCCACUGACUUAACCAAUGCCUCCAGGAAAAGAAGUACUUACGGAUCCCUUCUUCAGCUUGUGGCUGAAUUCCAACUUCCUCAGC